AGCCCCGUGCAAGCUCAGUCCACUUUCAGCUGGUGCUCUCUCCACACCGAGGAACGCAGCCAAAAGAUUGCUCAGCACUAAAAAGGAGGACUACGGACCGCAGCCUGCUGAAACGCAACGUGCUCAACAGAGAGAGAGAGCGAUAGAAAGAGAGUGAGACAGACACACAUACAGACACCACCAUGCCUCUGCUGAGGGUUCUCCUGGUGUGUGUCAUCUGCUCUACCUGUUUGCAGCUGACACAAGCCUAUGAGGAAGAGAUCGAAGUGAAUUACGCUGAUCCCUUUUACAAUGAAAUUGCUGAGGGCGAGCAACAGGAGACUGACCAACCAGAAAGCAACCAACAAGAUGUGGGGCCCACACUGAGUCCCUGCAAGACGCCGGAGUUCACCAAGUGGGACAAACUCUUCACCAUGCUGGAGAACUCCCAGAUGAAGGAGAACAUGCUGCUGCAGUACGCCGACGACAUCAUCAAGGUGGAGCUGCAGUCUCUGCGGGGAGAGAUGCUGCAGUUCGUGGCCAACUACGCGGGGGGCUGUGCCAGCGCCGUGGACAACGCCGGCCGGCGGCUGGCCGUGCAGAUGGACAUGAAGCUGGCCCAGGCCUUUGAGCGGCAGAGGGAAGCCAGCGUAGAGCAGCGGACUCAUCAGGAUGCGAUGAUGCAGCAGCUCCUGGCCGCCAGCCGAAACCAGGCCGCCCGCUUGGGUAAACUGGAGAGCAGCUGUCUGAGUGGCUCAGCGACCAAGGGCUUCACUUCCACCGGAGCAGUCCAGGAAGUGACCAAGGCUGAGGGCAGCCAAUUGGAGAAGAGCCUCGCCGCCAUGGCAGCAGACCUCCAGAAGGCCCGUGUCCAGCUGGACCUCUCCUUGAGGUCAGCCGCGCAGCACUUCCUGCCUGCAGGCUGUGAGAUGGCUCUGCUGUUCCCUAUGCGAUCCAGGCGGAUCUUUGCGGCGGUGACCCCCGACGCCCCGCUAGGUCUGCGCACCUUCACGGUCUGCCUGUGGGCCAAGGUGAGGGAGGCGCUCAACAAGACCGUGCUCUUCUCCUACGGCACCAAGAAGAACCCCUUUGAGAUCCAGCUGGUCCUGAGCGGCCAGUCGGCGCUCUUCACCGUGGGCGGGGAGGCGCACCUGGUGGAGGCGAGUGACGUGGUGCAGGACGGAAAGUGGAGCCACUUCUGUGGCACCUGGAGCUCAGAGGAGGGCCUGGCCGCGCUGUGGGUGAACGGGCAGAAGGUGGCCAGCUCGCCCGGGGUGGCGGAGGGCCACACCCUGCCCGACGGCGGCACCAUGCAGCUCGGCCAGGAGAAGAAUGGCUGCUGCAGCUUCGGGUUCGACGGCGGCUUCGACGCCAAGCUGGCCUUCGCCGGCAAGAUGACGGGGGUCAAUGUGUGGGACCGCGUGCUGGGACCGGAGGAGAUCUCCCAGAAUGCUCAGCAGGAGGGGUCCUGCGGCAGCCGGGGAAAUGUGGUGGGCUGGGGUGUGUCAGAAAUUAUACCACACGGGGGUGCUCAAUACAUCAACUAACUACGUAACAGCUGAACACUCAGCAAUACCAACAACAGCGUCAGCAAAAAAACAGAAAGACUGGAGUCUAUUCACUAUAAGGGUGAACGUUUCCCAUUUAAGGAUCUUCUGGUAUUUCAUACAGCAUUAUCUGACCUUAGGAAAAGAAGUCUAGCUAACAGCUUACCAAAGUAAAAAAAAUACCCUUCAGAACAGAAUAAAGAGCCUGAGUGAGAGGAUGCAUUGUGUUUUUUUUCCUGAAUGUCAGUUUACAAGCUGCAUCAGAGGGGUCUUCUUUUUAUAUUAUUUUAUUUUGUAUGAGGUGAAUCUUAGGCUUUUUUCAGCUAUGUAUUGUGUAAUAUUUCCAACUUUGUAUUUAAAACGUUUACAUUCAGAUCUGACAAAACCUACUUGUAUUUUAUCUCUGUUUUUUU